UAGCGUCGCAUGUGGAUGACGUCUCCACGUGUCGCAAUGUUUCCUCUGUCCAGCGCACGGCUCCCACUCCUGAUUUGUUCGGCCGGGCAAAGAAGCAAAACGGCGAGACAAAGUCGGACACACAGGUGGGAAUCUUCGGCGACGAGGGGAAAACUGGAACAUUUUAGAAGGUGACUGGCACUGCGUGGGCCGCUCGACUUUAAACGGUUAAACAGGAGCCUCCUUUCCAGGUCACAUGGUCAUGCAGCGAGACAUCUAAUGGCCUCCAUUCCACAGCUGUCCAUGUGAGCAGGAAAUCUUAGAAGAGCAGAGCGGAGCAGAGCAAUGGCCUCAGCCAAACCUGAUGGUAAGGGUGACAGACUGGCACACGUUAAACAAGAUGACUGUGAGUGGGGUGCCCCCGAAGAUUUGUCUGUGAAGGCAGAGGACUGUGAAAGAAAGAUUUCACAUUUUAAAGAAGAAGAAGAGGAGGAGGAGGAGUCAGAGGGGCAGAUCGUUGAGGUGAAAGUUGAGGAUUCAGGGAAUUUCUCGGUUAGUCUUGAACUGCAUGACCUUGAAAGUGGGACAUUUCUCAAGCAAGAUAUUUGUCAAGAGUCGCAUUCCAGUUUUCAGCCCUGGGUCACUAAUGUGGGACACCUGCCAAAUUCUGUGGAGCUGAAAUCUGAGUUUGAAUUGGAAAUCAAUGAAGGAAAUGGGAAAGAAGCAGAAGAACAGCAGUCGUCUAGGAAUGCAGAAAUAAGUUUCCAGGACAAUGACAGCUUCUCCCCAUCUUCCUUUGCUCAGACCUCUCUUCAGUGCAGACUGCAGCACAAAGAGGACAAGGCAACGAUGAAGAAAUCAACAAGAGGAUCAGAGAAUUUGACAGCUGCCCGUUUCCAGUGCCGUCCCUUACCUGCCAUUGAUCCAACACAGAUAGAAGCCAUCUGCACCAAUCAACAACAAAUAAACGGUAUUGGUCACGAGGCUGUGUAUGCUGGCCGAGCGUGUAGAACAAGUUUGAAAAGCAAAUCUGACUGUGAAGAUCAUAAGUUGAUUCCCACAAAACCAAAAUCAUAUCCCUGUUCUGAAUGUGGCAGGCAGUUUUCACGCAGCUACAAUCUUCUGAAACACACAAGAAUUCACACUGGAGAGAAACCCUAUUGCUGUCUAGAAUGUGGCAAACGAUUUUCACAAAAAAGCAGCCUUCAGUGCCACAUGAGAAUCCACACGGGCGAAAAACCUCAUUGCUGUUCCGAAUGUGGCAAACGAUUCUACCACAGGAGGAGUCUUCAGAAACACAUGAAUAUUCACACUGGGGAGAAACCUCACUGCUGCUCCGAAUGUGAUAAAAGAUUUUCACAAAUAAGCACUCUUCAGUGCCACAUAAGAGUCCACACAGGAGAAAAACCGUACUGCUGCUCUGAAUGUGGCAGACGAUUCUCUCGUAACAGCAGUCUUCAGCAGCACACACGAAUUCACACUGGAGAGAAGCCUUAUUGCUGUUCUGAAUGUGGGAAAAAAUUCUCCCAAAACAUCCACCUUCAUAAGCACAAAAUAAUUCACACUGGAGAAAAACCUUAUUGCUGUUCUGAAUGUGGCAAACGAUUUUCCCAUAUAAGCAACUUCCAGAACCAUGUGAAAAAUCACACUGGAGAAAAACCUUAUAGCUGUCUAGAAUGUGGGAAACAAUUUUCGCUUAAGAGCUAUCUUCAGAGACAUGCAAAACAUCAUACUGGAGAAAAACCUUAUAGCUGCUUUGAAUGUGGGAAAAGGUUCUUACGGUCAUGUGAACUUCAAAGCCACACCAGAAUUCACACUGGGGAGAAGCCAUACUGUUGCUUGGAUUGUGGUAAACAAUUCUCACACAGGAGUACUCUUAAUAAACAUACAAGGAUUCACAUGUGAGGAAAUCCUCAUUGCUGCUCUGAAUGACAGAGAACAUUGUCAGAAAUAUCAGUGUCACAUCAGAAUUUGUGAGGCAGAGAAACCUUCUUAUUCUCCCAAAAUGUGGCAAAGGAUUCUCAGAAAACAUUGCCCUUUACUAUCAUAAGAGUUUCAUACUGGUGGAAAAGCCCAUAAUUGUUUUGAAUGUGGCAAGUGUUUCUCACACAGCAGGAAUCUUAAUAAACGCAAUAGAACUUACCCUGGAGAGAAAUUAAUUAAUCAAUGAAUCAAUUAUUUAAGGAAUCAAUAAUCACAAGAGAAUUUACCCUGGAGUGAAUAUUUAUUGACUGAUGUAUUUGAUUGAAAUAAAAUAUCAGGAGAAGCAAAGAGAAGUUUGUGUAAGUGUUGCUGGGAUCAACAGAACUCAUCAAAAGCCCAUCAAGAUGUUUUGACAAUUACUAUCAUCCACUACAAAGUACAAAAUAAGGGAUUUCUGGGAAUUAUGCAUGUAAUAAACCAAGUCGUACAACUUUAAAGCAACAAUAAUGCCAUAAAAAGUCUCAGUUCAAGAAUGAGAUUCGGUCUUGACUUAAGGAAAGAAUAACCCUUUUAAGUCUACAAAAACCCUCAACAAGAAAACCCCUCUCAUGUGGCAGUGGAUUCAAAUAGACAGUCCUCAGGGCUGCACAAGAAUCCACAUUCUGCCAAAAUGUGGAAAAAAUAACAGAAAUAAGUUGUGCUGGGACCAGCAGAAUUAAUAAAAAUAAAUGUUCAGGUCCAUCUUGACUUCUGACCGAUUACCAUAACUCAAUACAAAGUGCAAAGGGAAGUGUAAUUAGAAACAAUACAGACACUGGACCAACCCCAGUCCCCACUGAAAUGCUAUGACAUCCUUCAGCAUUAAUAAAGUUUCCAUCCAUCCAUACAAGCCAUUAUUUUAUAACAAAAUAUUCAAGCAUGUGGGUGGCACGGUGG